AUGAAAUUUCAUUUCUUAUUAUUCCCUUUAGCUUUAGCCUUACAUCCAGUUAAAGAUUUUAGAGUUAAAGAUUUAGGUACUAUAAUCAAUCAUAAUAAUCAUAAAGAAAAUGUUAUAGAUUCUUUACCUACACAAACAAAAACCGUAUCCACCACAUCAUCAUUAUCAUCAUCGGCUCCAACGAUUGAAUUAGAUAAUGAUGUACAAAUGGUGUUUACUGAUAAUACUAAAUCCAUUUAUUAUUUGACUUCAAAAAUUUGGGAUGAACAUACUAACUAUAAUGAAACUUUCCGUUUAUUAUUAGAUACCGGAUCAUCAAUAUCUUGGGUUUAUAAUCAAUCUUGUGAAUCAGAUGCUUGUAAACAAACAACUAUUAGUAAAUUUAAUGAUUUUUCCAGACCUUUAGUUAUAGAAUCUAAUUUUGGUUUAAGUUAUAGUGGACAAAACGUUGAAGGAGAUUUGAUUAAUGGGUUAUCAAAUGAUAUUAUUAUGGAAUUUGAUAAUUUCAGAAUUUCAAAUUUUUCUUUUGGUUUAGCUUCAACUGUACCAGAUUUAUUUAAUGGAUUCAAUGUUUCGGGUAUUUUAGGUAUUCCUUCAUCUUCAGAUAACAUUAAUAGAAAUUUGAUCCAUCAAUUAAAUGAAAAGGGUGAUAUUGAUGGACAAAUCUUUGGAUUAUCAUUACUUUCAACCAAUCAAAUCAUCAAAUAUAUUGAUUCAAGUUCAGAUAUGAUUGAUUUACCUUCAAAUUAUGGUGGUUUAAUGAUCUUUGGAUCUAAAGCAACUAAUGAUUUGUAUAAAUUCACCGAUAAUAUCUAUUAUACUCCAUUACUUGAAAAUGAUGAUGAUUAUUGGUUAAUCAAUUUAACUAAUAUUGAAACUUCUAAUGAUACUGUUACUUUAAAAUUCAAUGAAUCUGAUUCUAGAAAAACUAUCAUUGAUACUGGAACAACCGGGUUUGUUUUACCUUUAUAUGAUGCUGAUAAUCUUCAUACCAAACUUUUUGGUGAUGAUUUAAUCACCGAUAAUAAGGGGAAUUAUGCAUUCCCAUGUGAUUGUCAGAAUCAAAACAUUACUUUCACUAUCAAUGAUCAUGAUUUUGAAGUCAAUGUCAAUGAUUUCAAAGGUAAAGAAUAUACAACUACAGGUUUAGAAGGGAAAUGUGCUUCAAUGAUUCAAGGAUUAGAUUCUCAAUAUUGGGUUUUUGGUGCUGCUUUCUUAUCUAAAUAUUAUACAGUAUUUGAUUUAGAAAAGUCACAAAUCGGGUUUGGUGAUACUAGAAUCACAUCUUAUGUUUUAAAGGAACCAUCAAAUGUUAGUUUUUAUUCAUCAUAUUCUAAUACCACCACUACAAGUAUUUCAAGUGUAUCAAGUAUGAGUACUACUAGCUCAUCUAGUUCAUUGGCUACUUCAUCUACUUCAAACACAGAGGAUAAUAGUGCUACCGUCAAUAAUGUGUCGGGAUUAUCAUUAAUAAUCUAUUUAUUACUGUGUAUCAUAAUAUCUUAA